AUGGACGCUGGUGCCCCUCCUGUCUGCCGUGGCUCUGGUACCUGUCCCUUUUGUGGUGAUCAGCCCUCAGCACCAUGCCAUCACAGCCAACAGCCUUCCCAGACUACUCCAGGCCUGUUGGUUGGCCCAAGCCCUGACGUCAGACCUGUGCAGAGGGAUUACCUGCCCUGCUCUCCAGGGCCGGUGGUUCCCAGGCCUGUCGUUUCCUCCCCCGACACGCACUUUGUCCUGCCUUUCUGCCCAGCUGUUGAAGCGGGAGCCCGUCGUGUGGGUGUCCUCCACACCUGGGCUACAGGUAGGCAGGUGGUACUGCUGCCUGCUGCCCAUGAGCCCUAUGCAAAUUACUUAAUGUCUCUGAACUUGUUUUCCGCAUGA